AGCUGAAAGCGAGUGAUUUUUUUAAAGCAAUUGGCACCAAUUUGAAGAAAAUCAUUUUAAGUUUAUUCCUCGGGCGUAAUUCGACAGCAGCAUGAGAUCAAAGGCUCAUUUAACAAAUUAAGGAAACAGGCCGUUCCUAUGUUAUUUAAUAAAAUUGCCGCAACAAAGCGUGACACCUGUUUUUAAUUAACAAGAUAACAAUAUAUCCAACGGACACCUGGUACUUUCAAUUUCGAUAACGUUUCUCUAUUCAACUGGAAUAUAUGACCAAUCAGAAUGCGAUAAACAGUUCAGGGCGAAAAAAAUUGUUGAGGGCGCAGAAGAGUUGAACAUGAUGAAAAAUGACCUGAGGAUUGUUGUGGCAUGCUUAUUUCUUUGGUAUUGGAGGCGCAAGAAGUAAAGAAAAGGGUAGAGAAUUUCACCUAGACAGGAGAUCGUGACUAACCCACUUCGAUCAAUCGGCCGAUGUAGCCCAGUCAGACAGCCGAUUGGGUGAGCUUUCGAAGUUACAGGUUCCCGAAGCUCAACAACCCAAAUGUGCGAAUUUCUGGCCCCGAUAGGAAGAGGAGAAGGAAAGUCGGGAUGCCCCAACUUUUAUCCUUAAACUCGUCCACCACAUUUAGGGGCGCAACCUCUAUCCAGAGAAAGGCUUCUAAGACAACUCGGCUCGCCAUUUAUUAAUACCAACGAUCCACUGAGUAAGGGAACAGCUAACCACUGGCGGAUCCUUAGCAUAUCCUCCUUCAGGGGAUGAACGUACUCGAACGGGAUCUCGAAGAUCUCGUACGAGAACAACCAUUCCCUGAAGUAACUGAAAAGGUGAUCGUCAGUGGAAUUUUCGAAUAAGCCACUGCAGACACUUUCAUCGUAAGCGCAUUUCCUUUCUCAUAGAGAUUAACUCAUUUUCCGGAACAAUAUCCCAUACCUCUUUAUCGCUUCAUUUGUUAGUUUUAUGUACUGAAUUUUAUCAGCAAGAAUAUUCGAAUUGUAAAUAAUUUGAAGCUACGCCACUGUGUUGCUGCUGAAACUUCCGAUGCGAUUCUGGUCGAACGCGGAACGAGCUUGCACGAACCUUAAAAAUGCACCAAUCAAAUCUCUCAGAUUAUUUUCCUAAGUUGAGCAUGCGUGGUACAUACACAAAAAUGUUGGCGGCAAUCCUUAAAGGAACCAUAGCUUACAUGUUACACUAACGGCUUCUAAAGCUGAAGAAGAAGAUUCCAUUUUGUUGUGAAAUCUGUACGUAACGGCGUGAUUUUUGGUUUUGCUAAAGAAUUACUUUUAGUGUCAUUGAGAUGUCUCGCCAUGAUUUGACACCAUGCAUACGAAAAUCGAAAUAUGCAUUCUUAGUUAGAAACCUGGUUGACAAGUCUCGCUAUUCGCAAACACCUAUACCAGAAACACAGGUGCUUCACGAUUUAGAAGAAGAGAUUGGACUCUUAGUUGAAUUGGGCUUGGAGACUGCUCCUGACACAUGGUGGAUUUCACCUGCAGUUUAUGCAGUUACUAUUAAUAUUGUAUUUUCACGACGUUGCCUUCCCCCUGCUAUAUGCAAGAGAAACUUCAAGCCAACGCAUGUCAAACAAGUGUUUGGCGACCGAGGUGAAAUAUAUGGGUACCGCAACCUACGAAUAGAUAUUUACUAUCUCGCAAACUCUGCCAAAUGUUACGUAGACACAAAAUACACCAGUAUGGCAAAUCCCGCUGAGUAUCCUACACCAGAUGAUAUAUUAGCCAAGCUAUCUCCGUGGCUUCCUGAUGAUUACAAAACAAACAUCAAUGAUUUCAUGGUAAAACUGUAUACAGAAAGGCGCUUUCAAAUGUUCGGUGCUGUCGUGGAAAGGGUACAGAUCUAUAAUCCAACUGAUGAAGCUUCCUAUAAAUAUAUUUUUACAUGUCCGGCGAAUGACGAUCCUCUAUUUAAACAAUUUCAUGUACGUUUUCAACGUAUGACGGUAUGGUUUUUUAAGGAAAUCAAACUAGACAACGUUCAGGAUCCCAACUGGAUUUACUUAUAUGUCUACGAAGAAAGAAAAAAUAAGAUGAAGGAAGUUGAAAGUUUAAACCCAGUAGGGUUUAUAUCAAUUUAUAAAUAUUUUCAUUAUCCCAAUCGAGUUAGAGCGAGGAUCAUGCAGUUGUUUGUGAUCCCCCCCUGUCAAGGGAUGGGUAUCGGAUCCCACCUAUUAAGAAACGCUUAUAGAGAAGUCGCAAGUCUUGAUGACGUUGUUGACAUUACAGUACUUGAACCAAAUGUGACAUUCACAAGAGUGAGGGAUUUUUUAGACUGCCAUCUUUUGAUGGAAUUCCCAGAGUUUGACAGUAACAAUGUACAUCAAGGAUUUAGCGAGUCGAUGUUCCAAGUUGCGAAUCGGGAAUACAAGUUAAACAGGCGACAAGUGAGACGGGCUUAUGAAAUUUUACGACUGUCAUACAUUGAAUGUAAUGUGUUGGAUCCAAAUUACACAAUAAUUUGGGGAGAAGUUGUGAACCGUUUAAAAAAUCCUUUUGUGAAAAGGGUUCGUAUUUUGGAAAAGCAUCUGCAAAAGCAUCCAAAUGAUAACCAAAGUACUAAGGAUUUGCAAAAUUUAAAUAGAAUCUUGGAAGACAAUGUUAUUAAAUAUAUGAACAGCAUUCAAGUGGCUGCGACAGCUCUUAAAAGAAAACUGUUAGAACAGUGUUUAGACCUACCACACUGAAUUAUUUUUGUUAAUUAUUCGCAAACAUGCAAUGUUUAAAACUACGCCAAAGAAGAAUUUUUGUUACUUUGUUCCUUUUUUCAUAUGUGUAAAAUCUCAAAAUAAAUGUUCUAUUCUUCAGA